AUGUCCCCCACGCCCCUACGUCUUCUCGUGGGGGGAGACCGACAUUCCCCCCCCUCCUGGACCCUCACCCCCUCCGCCCGCCUCGAAAUCUUCACCACAAAAAUCCUCCCCGCAGAACUCCAACCUUGCCUCCCUUCUCCGUCCACAACAACAGAAGACACCACCAACUUCAACCUUCGACGACGACGACGACGACCCCUCGCCAUCCUAAUAGUCGGCCAAACCGGCGCCGGCAAAACCCGUCUCGCACCCCUCCUCCUCCGCGCCAUGACCACUUCCCACCCCUCCCAUGCACCACCGCCAGCGCACUUGAUAGCCGACACCUACAAGACCUACCACCCCUUUUACAGCGCCUGCCUGUCCCAGUUCCCUCCAGCGCAAGCCUCCGUUUUAGCAGGACUCGACGCCCGGCUCUGGCUACAAAUGGUCUGCCAACACGCCGCCGAGCACAAAAUCGACGUGCUAGUUGAGUCAGCGUGCAGACAUCCGGAUGAUUUUCGGAAGCUGGCGGAGAUUUUUCAUAAAGGGGGUUAUGUGACGAAAGUGGCUAUCUUGGCGGUUCCCGAGGCGUUGAGUCGGUUGGGGUGUUUGGUGAGGUAUUGGAACAAGCUGCCGGAGGCGGGGUCGAGGGGACUGCCUGUUAGGUUGACGCCGAGGAGGGUGCAUGAUGAGAGUUAUCGGGGGCUGAGGGAGGCGGCGAGGUGGGUUGAUGAUGAUGAGGGUGAGGCUGUGGAUGCGGUUGUGGUGGUUAGGAGGGGGAAUUUAGUUGGGUAUGGGAAUGAGAGGGUUGAACUUGAUGAUGGGGGGAGGAAAUGGGUGAAGGAACCGGGAGCGCUGAGGGCGUUGGAGAUUGAGAGGGCUAGGAAAUUAUCGGAGGAGGAAAAGAGGAUUGUGGAGGAGGAUUUGGAGGUUUUGAGGAGGGUGGGGGAUCCGAAGGUUGAUGAAGAGGUUGAGGCUAUUCAGACGCUGGUGGAUGGGAUUGGGGUUGGGUUUUUGGGGACUUUUUCGGAUCUGGAGCCGCUGGAUGCGGAUGAGUUCGUUAGGAGCGGUCUCGAGGAACGGUGA